AUGGCGAAGAGGUUGAGAGGUGAUCGAGGCAUUCCGCAGAAGUUCUCCUGCUUUACUACCCCAAUCAUCCACCCAGUUAGGAGCCAGAUGGCACUUCUGGCCAAUCAAAUUGUGGAUGCAAGAAUACUCAGCAGUAUGAACGGGAGAGUGGAGCUUUCUCAGUUCCUGAGAAUCACCAAUCAAAGCGUUGUCUCGCAGGUAACUUCUGCUCAGGAUGACAACCGCAAGAAUAGGAAGUAUCCCUGCCCAUUGUGUGGGAAGCGCUUCCGCUUCAACAGCAUCCUCUCCCUUCACAUGCGGACUCACACCGGGGAGAAGCCUUUCAAGUGCCCAUACUGCGACCAUAGGGCCGCGCAGAAGGGCAACCUGAAGAUACACCUCCGUACACACAAGCAAGGCAUUCUGGGUAAAGGCCGUGGUAGGAUCAGGGAGGAGAACAGGCUGCUUCAUGAGCUUGAGGAGAGGGCCAUACUCAGAGACAGGCAGAUGAGAGCUGGUAACAUCAGCCAACAGCAAAUGCCAGCAUCCAAUACAAACCAGCUUCAAAAGGCUUUUCUGCAGACUGUCCCAACAGAGUCGCAGUUCUCAGACAUCUCUGGUGCAGCAGAUCUUCCACCACAUCCAUCUACAUCUCCUAUAGUGACGGCCAUCCCAGAUGAAAUCAUCCAGCCCCAAAGCGCUGGCUUCCGCUGCUCCUUUUGUAAAGGAAAGUUUAGGAAGCAGCAGGAGCUCGAGCGCCACAUCAGGAUCCUGCACAAACCCUAUAAAUGCACUCUGUGUGAGUUUGCUGCUGCACAGGAGGAGGAGCUCAUUGGCCAUGUUGAAAUGGCACACAUAACUGCUGAUUCUGGUCCAGGACAGAAACUGUCAAUGGGAGCCAGUGAUAAUAGGAAGCCCGCUGGUGAAUUCCCUUGUGAGGUGUGCGGUCAGACCUUCAGCCAGGCCUGGUUCCUGAAGGGUCACAUGAGAAAACACAAGGACUCUUUUGAGCAUUGCUGUCAGAUCUGUGGCCGUCGCUUCAAGGAACCCUGGUUUCUCAAGAACCAUAUGAAAGUCCACCUCAACAAGCUGGCUGCCAAGAGUAACAUCCUCUCUGAUCACGACUCAUCUGUUACCACGAGUAAUCUGGACUACCCGAGCAACCUCUAUUCCCAAUACAUCUCCAGAAUCCACAACAGGUUCCAGGUGCCCGACCGAGCAGAUUUACCCGAUUAUAACCACAUGAUGGCCACAGCAGGAACUGACAUGAAGGUCAGAGAGGUUUUGGGGAGGAUGAUUUCUUCUGGUCCAGGUCCUCUGACAGAUUCAGAGAGUUCCUUAUUGGCCUUAAAUCAUCUCCACCCUCAACUGAGCUCCACUAGCAUGGAGUAUCUGCAGAAAGUAAUCUCAAACCAAGAUGCUCUCAACAACAGUGGCAGCUAUGCAGGUUGGCAAAUCAUCCCACCAGGGCUGCCUAUUGAUCAGCAAAUUUUCAGGCCGAAAGACCAGCAGCAGCAGUGCUCCACCUACUUGCCUGAGAGGGGGGUCCCUGUAGAUGAUGGGAAACUGUGUCUUGGUGACCCAGACACCAAGGCCAUCAGCAGACCUGGGAGCCCAGGCAGUGUGAGUCACCAUGGGCCAGCAGAGAUGAUCACAGAAGCAGAGAAUUCCAUCAACCACCAACAAGAAUCUUCCUCUACACCUAAAGGUGAAAACAUGUACAGGUGUCCAAUCUCCAGUGACUAUACAGCUGCACAGACAGCCUCUCGCAGCUUCCAUCUGGACCGCUACCACUUCCCCCACUGGCAGAACAACAGAGAUCUUUCCCCUCCUUUGCAGCCCAGUGGCAGCAGCAGCAGCUCCAGCCCCAACAGCAAGCACCGACCAAGAUCCAGAGAAGACUGCAGUCCAGGUGCAGGGCAGUACCUUGGUCUGGAGUGCCACACUGAGGAAGUUACUCUUGCCAACAAGCAGUCCAACCCCAAUGUCAAAGAUGUAGAAGCCUCUGUGUCUGAUAAAACCAGAAAGUCCCAGUAUGAGCCUUUGGAUUUGUCUGUCAGGCCAGAGUAUGUCCUAUCUCAACCAGCUAUGUCUUCUGCUGCACUGGUACAGAUGUCUGGCCUUUUUAAUAAUGGGCUCUCGUCCACUAUUAGCCGCCGGCUACAAAGUUACCCAAAUGCAGCAGCUGAACUCAGUAAGAAACCAGCAUAUCAGUGUGACCUUUUGGUGCAGGGAACAAAAGAAGACAUGAACUCACAUUCUGCAGGCUCCAUAGGUCACGGUGUUGAGGUUGCAUUUGAGACAUUUGAAAGAGAGGAUAAAAAUGAAGAUUCUGCAAAAUGGAAGAUGCUAAAAAAUGAUGUGCCUGAGUCAAAGGAGCUGGGACAGGCCAAAGUUGAUUUCGAGGGUCCUGGUGGAAAAAAUCAAACCAAGCUUGGUCAGUGGGGAAGAGGUGCGGCUGAAUCUCCCAUCUCAUCUUUUGAGAGUUUGACUCCAGGGCUGGCAGACUCACUCCUUCACCAGGGUGCCCUGCUCUCCUUCCUUAGAUCCCAGGGAAACCUGACUAACAGCCCACUUGUUAGUGCCCACAAAGCCAAUGUAAACAGUGGAGAUAAUGUCGACAAGGAAGCUGCAGUUCGGAAGCCAUUCCAGUGCAGGUACUGCCCCUAUAGUGCCUCCCAGAAAGGAAACCUGAAGACCCACGUCCUCUGUGUUCACCGCAAGCCCUUUGACAACAGCCUCUACCCCGACCGCCGUCUACGACGCUCGCACACACCCCAGGCACCCUCCAGAUUGUCUCUUGGUGCCAGAGGAGACGGUUCUGCGUCAGGCAGGGACCACAUCAGUUUGACAUCACUCUGUGGGACUUGAUGCUGCCAUAGCAACCGAAGAUACAGACAGAUAUGAUAACUGUUUUAGCCACACCUUGAAAGGGUUAAGAUGAUUGAGAUUGUUAUAAAAAAUGUUAAUGACCAACCUUGAUGUACAUUCCAGUGUUUACUUGAAGAGCCACAGUACGUAUUUAUCUGUAGCAAAAAAAGCUGCCUAUAAUAAUAAAGUCCAUUGUGAUGUGAAAGUGUA